UUCCACAUUUACUAGAUAAGGUUGCCCAGGGCCCCAUCCAGCCUGGCCUUGAACACCUCCAGGGACGGGGCUUCCUAGAGCUGAUGUUAAAAGGAAGGGGAGCUUGUUCCAGGAGACAGCGCCAGACACAGCUCUAAUAAUAUCAGUGCUGGGGCUGAAGGAAGGCAGUGCUUUGCUUUGGGAGGGUCUUGGUAAUUUCUGGAGAUGCAGGGAAGCAUUGUGUGGGCGAAAGUAGACUAGGCAUGGCUUUUGCUUCAGCUUUAUCCGUUUCUGUGAGGCCCUUAAUGAGCUUAUCAGUUUUGAGGAAGCUGUGGUGUGCAAAGAGGAUGGAACCUGCUGUACCUCUCACUGGUGUUUUUGUCUCCUUCUUGAGUGCUUCAAGCAAAUCCCAACCCGCUCUGUGCCUUGGCAGCUGACAGCUUCAGGUGUGUGGGGAAACAUGCAGGAGGCCAUGGCAUUUCUUAGCCGGGACUCCUGGCUGCUGGGGGAGAUCUGGUGGCUGCAGGUGGGAGUCCUGCUGCACUCAGCCUGUUCUGCUUCUUAAUGCUCUGUAUUGUCAGCAGCUGAGUUUGUUUAAACCCACUGGUUUAAGGCUGGUGAUGCUGCUCAUUCUUUGCCCUCUCUCUCCAAUCUUACUGCUCAUCUCUUUCCAAAACAGCUUGUAAACUAAUUAGUGGUUCUCUUUUCGCUUGCUGACUGUGUUGUGUCAGUGCCUGUGAUGCUCACACUGAUGCUGGGUUUAACUGCUCUGAGGUAGUGCUCACCUGGCUGGGCCCAGGCGGUUUGUUGUUGCUGGCAGCGCUGUGUUACUCCUUGAGAGGAACCUGCACUGUGCUCCUUGCAGCAGUGAGACUUAGCAGCACUGAGCUGGGCUCUGCAAAGGCAGAAUCUGAGCAGAACAGAAGUAGCAGGGAGUUUGAAUUGGGGGGGUAGAAGAUUUGGGGCUGCCAGAUUGCCUUUCAGUUGCAGUUCCUUGGUGCUGUGUAGGUGAUGGCAGUAGUCAUUUGCUUUAAAGCUGUAAUUUGAGUGUUGGUUUCAGCAGUGGUGACAUGUUAAAUAAUGCCCUCUCCUUACUCCUGCUACGUGCAUCCCUUCUGUGAGUGCUGGUGCAGCUGUCUGCAGAAUCUGGCUGUGAGCUGAAACGGGGGAUCCAUCUGGGUUGAAAAAUGACAGAGUAGUUUUUCCUGACAGUUUUUGUUCUAGCUCAGCUACCUGAUGCAAUGUCUGGUGUGUCGUGAGGAGCAGUGCCACAGGUGUGGCAGCACAGGUGGGUAUUAAAGCGCUUAAAUAGGGACUGAGGCUAAAAAGCAGAGUGCCUCUCACUUCCCUGUGCCUCCAUCCUGCCCUAUGCUGGCUGGGGCUGCUGUGGUCCUAUGGGAGCUCGCUGUGCUCACCUGUGCUGCUCAGGGUGGCUGCAGGAGCCUUACGGUUCCUCAGCCCCUUCCCAUCCCUCGUGUGUCCGCUGGUGCUGCAGCACAGUGCAGGGAAGGAAGUGUGGGGAGGGAAAUGACUGCUGUAACACUUCUUGUAACCGUGAAGGGUUGAGUGAAGGGAAGAGGACUUUUUGUAGGUAGAAUUCACAUCUGGAAUCAUCUCUUCCAGUCACCAUCGAGACACAGUGUGGGAAAGGCUGAUGCGUGGCGUGCUGUCUGUUCAGGUGGGCUGGGUGUUCUCACACCCCUGGCACUGAGUGGCCCAUGCUGCUGCUUCCCAGUGCUCCAGCUGUGGGCAGCAGUGCCCCAGGGGCCUGGGCUCUCUUGGGGGGCUGCAGUGCUGGAGGUGGGAGGGCAGUGUUUGCUGCCCUGUGCUCUGGGUGUGGGGAACCUCAGUUGGCGUUAUAUAAGAUAUGAAGACCCUCAGCUUAGCCUGUGUUUCAGAAGUCCAGGCCUAGGCUGGCAACCUGAACGUCAAGUUGAGGCUGAGCCUGCUUUAGGUUCUGCUGUGGGCUGCUGCAUCUCUCCAGCACUUCUGGACCUGUGACAGCUGCUGCCCCACAUCACCCCGAGCACAGCAGUGACUCAGGGGCUCUGCUCUUGUCCAGGACUCUAUUUUUUUUCUUUCAGGAGCAGUAAGAGUCAGGGUGGAAAGAGAAGGAAUUGCUUCUGCAGUUGGGAAUGUGGUACUAAUGAAGAAGCUCUGCUUGUAAGCCAUAGAUACUCCAGUAUAUUAGGUUUGGAGUUAAAAGCAAAUAUAAAUAUCAGAUUUUAAAAAAAAGCAACACACAGAUGUCUGCUUCCACUGAUAACGCUUCACUGCAGCCCUGCAUGGCCCAUGUUGUACACAGUGAUAAGUUCCAGUAAACUUUCCCUGGUCUAUGUCACAUGGUGUGCCGUGGCCCCAUGGGCACUUAUCUUUGGGGAAAUAUUUAAGGUAAAGAUCCAUAACAUGGUGGCAGUGCUGGAAGUGAUCUCCAGCCUGGAGAAAUACCCCAUUACCAAAGAGGCACUUGAGGAAACAAGGCUUGGGAGGCUUAUCAAUGAGGUGAGGAAGAAGACAUCCAAUGAGGAACUUGCCAAACGUGCCAAGAAGUUGCUGCGGAAUUGGCAAAAGUUGAUAGAACCUGUAACCCCAAAUGAGGCGGUGCCAAGAGGGCUGCAGAAUCCACCCGGAUCAGCAAAUGGUGGUGCUCACAACUGCAAACCAGAAGCACCCCUUCCUGCCGUGGCUGGGUCAAAACCUAUCAGUGAAUUGAAAAGCAGGAACGAUAUCCAGAAACUAAAUUCUCCAAAACCAGAGAAAUUGGGAAAUCGGAAAAGGAAAGGUGAACACAGGGAUGGGCACCAGGGCCCCCCUCCCACCAAGGUCUCCAAAGUUAGUCAUGAAAUAUUACAAAACUCUUCAUCCCCUCCAACAAACGGAAUUGGAGGUAGUCCCGAGAGUUUUCCUAGUCCUGUAGAUGUAAAUCUACAUGCAGGGCCUGAAAGCAGCAGGACAGAACUUAGUGAAAAUGAUAAACACAAUAAGAUCCCAGUAAAUGCUGUAAAACCUCACACCAGUUCUCCAGGACUCGUAAAACCUUCAAGCACUUCCUCGUUAUUAAAGACUGCAGUGCUUCAGCAGCAUGAUAAAUUGGAAGAAACCACCGGGUCGCACCAACCCAAGAGUCCGCGCUGCUCCUCGUUUAGCCCUCGAAAUGUUAGGCACGAUACUUUUGCUCGGCAGCAUACCACGUACUCACCAAAGGAUUCAAUGCCUAGUCCAUCUCAAAGGUCUCAGUUCUUAGAUACUGCACAGGUGCCAUCACCGCCACCAUCCUUGAUGCAACCAUCAACGCCUCCAAUGCCAGCUAAAAGACUGGAGUUCUCUCAGCAAUCAGCAUCUGAGGUGUCCCAGCACUGGCAGGAGCAGCAGGUACCUUGUGACAGCCAGCACAGGCACACAGCAGGGACACUUCCACAGCACACAUCUCCCAGUUGCAAAACCAGCUCCCACCCGGGGGAAUCUCUCAUGUCGCACAUCGGCUUUUCACAGGACGCUUCAAAAAUGGACAGUGAUGAUGCUGCUUCAGGUUCAGAUAGCAAAAAGAAGAAAAGGUACCGACCUAGAGACUACACAGUCAACUUGGAUGGGCACGUGACAGAAGGGGGUGUGAAACCUGUGAGAUUAAAAGAGAGGAAGCUCACUUUUGAUCCCAUGACAGGACAGAUAAAACCUUUAACACCGAAAGAUCCUUUGCAGGUAGAAAUCCCUGCACUUACUGAACAGCACAGGACAGAAACGGAAAAGCAGGAGCAAAAACCCAACCUGCAAAGCCCCUUUGAACAAACGAACUGGAAAGAAUUGUCCAGAAAUGAAAUAAUUCAGUCAUAUUUAAACAGACAGAGUAGCUUGCUGUCUUCAUCAGGAGUACAGACUCCAGGAGCUCACUACUUCAUGUCUGAGUAUUUAAAGCAGGAGGAAAGCACUAGAAAAGAGGCUAGAAAGACUCACGUUCUGGUUCCUAACAGCAAACCUACAGACUUGCCUGGGGUCACGAGGGAGGUCACGAAUGAUGAUCUCAACAGAAUACGUGAACAUAACUGGCCAGGCGUGAACGGUUGUUAUGAUACACAGGGUAACUGGUAUGAUUGGACACAGUGCAUAUCUUUAGAUCCACACGGGGAUGAUGGUAGAUUGAACAUCCUGCCUUAUGUCUGCCUAGACUGAGUAACAGGUUUGCUAAAAUGCUUUUACAUUCACAGUUAGCGAGAAUGGCAGACACUAUGCCACUUAAAGAUGGAGAAAGCCUCCUGUCCUGGACAAAUAGGCCCAACGAGCAGAGGGUGAGAGGGAGCUGGUUACGUACAGCUCUUCCCUUUAAAUUCUCCUUUUGUGAAAUGCUGCUACCAGUUUACUAACAAUUGCAAAGGAAGGCAUACGAAGGUUGAGAAAACUGAGUUCAAAACUCUCUAGCGAGCCAGCUAUAAAAAAAGUGUUAGUCCCCAAGAAGUGAAGAUGAUUUCCAGCACUUUCUGAAUGCCGGAAUCUGACGACAGGCAGGUACAGAGAAAAUUGUGGAAGUUACCUUAACAAAAUAUGCAUCUAUUUAUUUGACUUGAUUUGGAUUUUUAUUUGGCAGUGAGGUAUUCAAGAGACGAUGUGCAAAAACUGUAGUUUUAUUUGUAUGGCAUCUCUGAACAUGAUUGUGUUUUUUUUUAAAGUCAUGUGGUACGGAGAUUGGCUUUUAAACAGCAGGUGUUGCACUGCAGGCUGGGAGACCAGCUUCAGCUCAACAUUCCAUGGGCAUCCACAUGUUUCAGUCUGGUUUUGGUUUAAAUCCAGUCUCUGAGAAAUGCUGCAAAAAAAAAACCCAGAUAUUUCCUGACAUUUUUGAUCCCGCCGCCACCAGC